AGGGAACACGCCACAAGUCGCUCAGUACAGCGAUAGAAUCCGUUUGUGACUGGCCAAGAGAUCCUGCGAAAUAUCGCGCGCGCGUUUUUGGGUUAAUCUGGUGUACCCCGUAGCAAAAGCUAGAAAAAGUCAGUUGGUGUUUUUCCUUUUCUUCCUGCUCUUGAAAGGAUAAGCGAACGAGCAUUUCCCAAUCGAGAAAGAGUUACGCGAACGAACUUCAAAAACAAACCUAAGCCAAAAUGUUUAAAAAUCACUUAGCGAUGAUUGGCAUGAAUGAGACGCCAAACAAGAAAGCCAGAUUCUGGCAGUCAUACAUCAGAUCACUCAAAGGAUCCGAUGAUAUCCGCGCACACGACACGCCAUCCUGGCGGCAUCGACCAAUUCUGCUGUUCGACGAAAUAGACACCCCCGCCGCACGUGUCCAGUCCGCGGGAUACCACUACCUGCCAGUGCACCGCGAGACCUACGGCUACUCUCCACGACCCAUCUAUGAGCACUACUAUCCACGCUACCGUCGGGCAGCUAGCGUAGGCAGACUGGCCGAUGCCGAGAAAGCCUGGGCUGAACAUCUGGACCGAAUGAGAGACAUCGACCGCAGAUACCCAUCGCGGUACGGACUGUACCUGCGGGACAAGCCCAGCCAGGUUGUGCUGCCCCAGGAUCUCGAGUACGAACCGGACACAAAGCCCCUGUACUCGCUGCACUAAAUACAAAGAAAAGCGACCAUAGCAGUAGCAGCAGACAACAUGUUAUAACAACAAAUUGAAACGCAUGGCACACAUACACACUUUAAACCACAUACAUCACGUACACAACUAUAAACAAUAAAAGAGAUGGGAAGAGGAAAAGGUUAUACGUUAUUAAUUCUAGGACGAGAUCAAGUGAAGUAUAUUUAUUAACGCAAAUUGUUCUCUUUUAACCAGUGUAUUGAUCGUUAAAAAAAUAAUUGCCAGCAAAAAGAUUGGAUAAUAUUUAACAGUAUAAAAUGAAUGGUAUUAUCGAAAAGGAGAAAUAAACCGAAUCAGCUGAAUCAAAAAAUUUCACACAUAUACAAAAACAAAAACGAAUUGUAAUUAUUGUCGCGAAGUAUUAACCUUUUUCCACGUUUUUGAACCAUGGAUGAAACGAAAUUGCAAGGGAUUAGGCAUCAUAGAUUCUGGUGGUCGUGGAGUAGAUCAUUCAGCUCACGCUUCCGCAGUAAUAAACACCUGGGUAACCAACUUUCCAAACUUUUCCCAUCGACCUGAAUCCACUGACACCGUCUCGUGUGCGGCUUCAUACUAAUAAUCACAAGAAAAACGACUAACAGCGAGAACCAUAAAAACAACAAACAUCAACAAGUCCUGCAGGUAGUAAUAACAUAAUUAUGUCGAGAUUAAGAGCGCUCGUUAACGGUCCCGCAAAAUUCGCUUUUCUUGUGCGGAGCUCGGAAACGGAAUUCGGAUGAAGCUCCGCGUGGUAUUGCCGGGGGCGAUGUCACCUGGAUUUUUUCCUGGAAAAAAACAGUCGUCACUCGUCGCGGUCGCACCGGAAGUUCGAUGAGCUGUUAGAAUUUUAUCCACCUCCACCACCACGGAAGCUGUGAUCUCCUUACAACCUUAUUUAACAAGCGGACGGGCAAAUAUGAUGGAAAAAGAGCGACUAUAUACAAUAAACGCUUUUAUUACAGCGUG